AUGAUCAUAUCAAAGCUUUCGAGGUCUAUUUUUGGCCAUAGAGGUUUGCAAUCUGCUCACAGAUCUGGCUUUGUACCUCUAGCAAAGAGAAUCUAUUGUGGCAAACGAUUCUACGCUUCUAAAGAUAUCACAGAAAAGGACAAAGAAUUGGGUGAAUUAGAUGAUACUGCUAACACUGGUGUUAUUGAAAAAACAAACCAAGAAACUUUGUUAUAUUUUACUGAUGUGAAUCCUGCUGAUUUUUCAAGAUUCAAGGCUUUGAAUUUCGUCCAUGAUUAUAUAUCCAAAGUUAAGGAAACCACAGGGGAUUCAUCCCUUGAACGCCAAAUUUUGAAAUUGGCCUCCCCUGAAGAUAAUCCUGUCAAAGGAAUCUCUGUGAAUUCGAUAUUGACAAAAGAUGGUGGGGCAUUUGUGAAAUUCCAAGUCCCUUUUGAAUCAUCGAUUUCUGAAGUGAACACCAAGAUCCAAAAGAACACUAUGAAAUCUUCGCCAAGAUUUCUUGGUUUAUUAUCAAAACCUCAUUGUUUCCCUGUGAAAGGCACCCCAUGGGUCGAAGAUCUUAGGCGUUAUCCCAGCUCCGAGUUGAAGGUGUUGUUUGAAGGAGAAGAAUUGACAGAAGAAAAAAUUUAUCAGAUUUUCAGAAGAUAUGGUACCAUUCUUGAUAUUGUCCCCCAACCUGCUGACUCUAAAGAAACCCCUAGAUAUGCAAUUGUUAAAUUUAGAAAAUUGAGAUCUGCUAUUGCUGCCAAAAAUUGUGUGAAUGCUUUCAGCACUGACAAAACCACAAUUCACAUCAAAUACCAAACAGCUAUGCGGGAGAAUUUGAUGAAGCAAUAUGUGUUUGAUCACCCUAGAAUUUCAAUUCCGUUAAUUUUGGCUGUUUUUCUUGCUAUUGGGUCGAUUAUCUUCGAACCGAUCAGAGAAUUUUUCAUUCAAGAGAAAAUCGAGCAUAGAUUUGGAUUGAGCACUUAUAAAAACAACAAGUAUUUUGUGUAUAUUGCACAAUAUUUAACUUCUGUGAAAAGAUUUAUGAGCUUUAGUAACAAUCGUGAGCAGAAAGAUUCCACGAUCCAUAUGUGGACAGAAAGACUUGACAAGGUGAAAGAAUUGAAAUUAUGGUUGACAGAAAAUGUCAAUACUUUUAUUGUUGUCAGAGGCCCAAGAGGAAUCGGCAAAGAGAAUGUGGUGAUUGAUCAUGCCUUGCGUGAUAGAAAGAAUGUUUUGCACAUUAACUGUGAGGAGAUUGUCAAAUCACGUAAUGAUUCUGAAUUUUUGAAGAAUACUGCCCAUCAGUUUGGCUAUUUUCCUAUUUUCCCAUGGUUGAACUCAUUGAGCACCUUUAUUGACUUGGGUGUCCAAGGUCUUACUGGACAGAAAUCAGGACUUUCCGAAUCUAAUGAUGUGCAAUUCAAGAAUAUCUUGUCUCUUGCUGCCGUUGCCAUCAGAAGAGUUUCUUUGAGAUUUUAUUCUGCUUAUGUUGUUCAAAUGGCCAGCGACAUGAACAUUGGCGAAGAGGCUACCAAGAGGAUUACCGAAGAUGAUUAUUUGCAGCAGCACCCUGAUGAAAAGCCUGUUAUUGUUAUCAAUAAGUUUUCUGCAAAAUCGGAGAAUUAUUCAUUUGUUUAUCAAGCCUUGGCUAGCUGGGGAUCAUUCUUGGUAUCCAUGAACCUCGCUCAUGUUAUAUUUUUAAUUGAUGAUGUCAGUCCAGUGCCAUUAUUAAGUGAAGCGUUGCCAGAUCAAAUUUUCAAGAGCUUGGUAUUAUCGGAUCCUUCUAAGUCAUCGUCUACUGAUUAUGUAUGGAGUCAUUUGAAUGAUGCUGACGAUUUGGAUAAAAUUAGAGAUGGUGAUAAGGCGAAGAAAGGCGAUUUUCAAUCCAAGUACAGCAUAGGAACCAUAGAGAAAGCUCUUGAACCUAUUGGAGGGCGUAUGCUUGACUUGCAGGCAUUUAUUAGACGUGUCAAAUCCGGUGAAUCACCAGAAGAAGCCAAGGAAGAAAUGAUCAAACAAACUGCGGAACAAAUCAUCCAGAUGAAUCUUAUCAAGAAUAGCGCUGACAGUGACGAAUUCCAAGUUGCCAGAUCUUGGGAAAUCAUCAAAUUCCUCGCUUCUAAAGAAUCAAUUGCUUUCUCCAAUGUUUACACAUCCCCAUUAUUCAAAUCUUCACCGGUUGAAUACUUGACUGAGUUGGAAAAAUCCAACUUGAUUUCUCUCGUCAAGGAAAAAGGAUUGAUCAAAGAAAUCAAGGCUUCAAGACCAUUGUACAGAUCAGCUUUCCAGAAUAUUGUUGGGGAUGAAACAUCAUUCAAUGUGUUGGAAGGAAGCUACUUAUUGAAAAAGAUUGCCUAUGAAACAAAGGUUAUCAAGACUUGCGAAAGCGAAAUUAGCUCUUUGUCAUAUGUGGCUAUGUCAGAUGUAAUCAGGGCACGCUUCAAUUAUUUGGGUGAUAAGAUCACUGCAUGUACUAACAAUAUUAAAGUAUAUGAAGCACAAAUUAAAGAAUUAGUGAAAAAAUCUAAUGAAUUGAAGGCUAAGCACAAUAAGCAAUCAUCGAAAUCCAGGUUUGGAUUUUUUUAG